GUCCGCCAGAGCUCGCGACGGUUGCAACGCUGCUACGGCGGACUGGCAACGCGAGUCGCUCUGGACCUGCACUCGACGCCGGCGCGCUGCAUCAUCCAUCUCACCACCGCGCUGCCCUGCCGAGGUGACCGACCCCUCCUCCUCAUUCAGCAAUCCCUUUCCACGUUCCCUUCCAAGCCCGGUUCCACGCAGAAAGACGCGUCCUGGUAAAUCUCGGGUAUCGAGGGACAAAUCUUGCAAAUAUGUGCGAAUCCGACCGGUCCAUCCGCAUAUCGGAGCCUCAUUCAAUUCGCGCUCCUCGACCCGGCUGCGUUCCCCUCCCCCUUCUUCUUCCCCCACGUCCUCGCUCGUUUUCGAUGUCCACCUGAGGCGCUUCUCCUCCCGCUCUUUGGCUGCUAUAUACCUUAAUUUUAUAAACCUCUCGCUCGCAUGUCUGGUUCUGGUUCCACUACCCCGACGCCUAAUACUCCACACACACUACGCGUCAACACGCCUGCUUCACGGUCCCCGACGACCUCACGACUCUCAACGAGCUCGAUCCCCGCUCCGCCCCCAUCGGAGUCGCAUUCAGAGCAAGCACACCGAUCGGGCUACCGCCCCCUCGAUCCCGUCCACGAACCCCAGCCCUCCUCUGCGCGCGCCGACGCACCAGAACCAAGCUAUCACCAGCGAUCCACCGCCGCACCAUACCCUGGAGAGCAGCAGAUAUCGCUCUCCGAAGCCCCCCUGAGAAUGCGCAUGCGGAGCCCGUCCAGCUCCUCGUCGCGAGACGAUCUAGCAGACACGGAGGAGCCAGCCGUCGUCCAACGAUUCGAACAGCCCGUCAUGGGAGAGCCGCCCGCCAAGAAGAAGCGGACUCGCAUGCUUCUGACGCCGUAUCAGUCCUCCGUUCUCAACGCCCUCUUUUCUCAGUCUCGCUUUCCCACCACGGCUAUGCGUGAAGAGGUAGGCAGAUCCAUCGGGCUCAGCGCACGGAAAGUACAGAUCUGGUUCCAAAACCAGCGUCAGAAGGCUAAGAGGCCUCGUAGUCAAGGGACGGCUUCAUCAAAUCAACCGCCGCAAUACGGACCUUUCACCAAUGCACCCCCCAUGGAUCCUGAGGCGGCCGGUGCCGAUCCCGAACUAGGCCUCCGUGAGAGGCGCUUUGGCUAUCCUGGGCCGCCGCCUUCCGCGGAGGGUGCCCUUCCUAGCGGGCUGCCGACCGUGAUCAUGUUGCCUGAGCCUGGAGGAUUGACUGCGCCGGGAAUGCCACUUUCAGGUCCUGGCGUACCCGGCAGCACGGGUGGGAGAUCUGCGCUCCCUGCCCUUAGCAUUCGUCCUCCCGGACCCUCCGGAUCGCUGCCCAGCCUCCAUCAUGGUUCCGACUCCUCAUCGUACGAAUCCUCAUUUGGGCGUUCACCUCUGACGAGGUGGUCCCCGUACGAAACCGCAUGGGCGCAACGCGGUCGCUACGCAGGUUACGCUUCGGACACUGAUCCAGCCUUAGUGCUUCCACCGCUGCGCUACGAGAAUACUGGGCGCAGGGGCAGCUUCUCGGCACCGCCCACUGGCUAUGCCGAUCCUUCGAGGGCACCAGCUACGCCGACCUCGCCCGAGUCGCCUGCGGGCUCGCAGUAUAGCGACCGCUCACCCUCGUUUGCGCCCAUUCCUCCGCCGUUCACUCUGCAACCGAACCCCAUCUGGGACCAUACGGCCUUCACGUCCGCGUUCACGUUUCCCCGCCAGGCUAGGUCACAUGACAACUCCCCCUCUCGUGGACGGCCAUCCACAUCCUCAGGGUACGGACGCGGACAAUCUCUCACGGCGCCUCUGCGCGGACGAUCCGGGUUUCCAGGAGCGUUGAGCUACGCACCCCACAAUCCCGACGAAGGCGAUCCGGAGCACGGCCUAUCGCUCGCAGUCCGUCAACCGCGCUCGGUUCACCGUUACGAUCCCAUCGCCAGUUCGCGUACGGAGCCCGAAGCCUCCACUUCGUACACAAGGCGCCUUACCCUCCCUGCGUUAGAGCAUCCCUCAGAUGACAUCGACGACGACAACGAAGAAGAAGAGGACGACUGAAACGCCAACUACACCCCUUCCUUAGAGACCCCAAGAUUAAUUCCCGUGGCAUCAACCGGGACGCACGCCCUCUUUCAAUGACUUGAUCGACUCCUCCACGCUCUUUUCACGACUCUGAUACGUAUCAUAGGACAGGGUUCUCCCUCGUAAUCCCGUCCUUGCGACUAGGCGGCACUAUAAUCAUCCACUCGCUUUCGUUUGUUCGCACUCUCCUACUGCUUCCUCCUUUACUUGCGCUCCUGUCUCGUCGCGGACGCACAUCCAUGAUCUCAUUCGAUCGAUAUAAUCGC